UUCUUCUGUCCCAUCAAUCAUCUGUUACCUCUUUCACCACUGGUUUGGUGAAAUGAUAAAACGAUCUGUGUCUGUUCACACCUUUACUCUACUGGUAUUUAGAAGCUUUCCACCAACACCUGUUUACCCCGCUAGACCUGCCUGGUGGCUCUGGCCCCGCCCCGCUCACCUCUACCCACUCUCGCCUGAGAGACAGCAUUUUCCUCCUUGUAAGCAUGAGUGCUAAACUGUGGACAGAGGAGCAGUUUAACUGCCCUGUGUGUCUGGAGCUCCCAAACGAUCCAGUCACCAUCCCCUGUGGGCACAGCUACUGCAUGGCCUGCAUCAAGGACUACUGGAGCAAGGACGACCCCAAGGGGGUCUACAGCUGCCCCCAGUGCCGCCAGACCUUCUGCCCCAAGCCCUCCCUGUCCAGGAACACCAUGCUGGCUGAGGCAGUAGAGCAGCUCCGCAAAGGGGCUCUCAAAGCUGACGUGCGUGAGUCUAUGCGAAGCGCCCGUGGUGCUGCCGCCUCCUCGUCUAGACCCAAAGGGAAGCUCUCCACCACAGCAGUGCCAUGCGACUUGUGCAAAGAUGAACAGCGAGCAGCGGUCAAGAGCUGCCUGUCGUGUAUGAGCUCAUACUGCGAAUCCCACCUGAAGCCCCACAAGACCAAGAAGUCCCUGAAGCAGCAUGAGCUGAUCGCACCCACGGGCAAUUUGGCUGAGAAGAUCUGCACCCAGCACAAGUACCUGCAGGAGUUCUUCUGUCGCCAGUGUAAAGUGUUUGUCUGCUGGCUGUGCACCAGCAACCAGCACAAAGGCCACGAGAGUGUGUCCACCAAGGCCGAGCGCCUGGACAAACAGAAAGUUAUGUCGGAGAUCCAUGCACAGAAUCAGCAGAGACUGAAAGACAGAGAGCAGGAGCUGAAAGACAUGAAGACGAUGAUUGAGGCGAUGAAGCGUUCUUCAGACAGGGUCCAUGAGGACACGGAGCAGGUGCUGUCGGAGCUGCAGCGCUCAAUGGAGCGUCUACAGGAGCUGCUGGAACAGGUGCUGGAUGAGGCCAGCCUGGAGAAGCUGGGCCAGGCUCAGGAGGUUGCCGACAGCCUGGAGGCCGAGGUCAAGGAGCUGAGGAGGAGGGACACGGAGAUGAAGGACCUGGCCUGCUGUGACGACCACAUCCACUAUCUGCAGACAUAUGAGUCCAUGUGCAGUCCCCUGGAGUCCGGGGACCUGCCCACUGUGGUGGUCAAUCCAGAAGCUUCCUUUGAGCCUGUACGAGACGCCAUACUGGCUAUCAAGGAGCGAGUGGAGGACCUGUGCAACGAGGAGCUAAGCAAGAUCACCAAACAAGUCAAUGACACAACACUGUUCACUUUGGGAGACCCCAACCGGAGUGCAGGACAGAAAGGAGCGAUUUUUAAAUUCUUUUCUGGUCUGGGUUCUCGCAACACAAACAACCGUUCACCAGCUUCCACAGCUUCCACACCCAGUAUCUCAGUUGGAGCGCGGAGUACAGACAGACGAGGACUUGGUAUAGGGCUCAAAAGUCAGGAUGUGAGGAGCAGAGACACACCACGAGGAAACACGAACUCACCCAGACUUCGGGACAGACAGAGAAGAGAGGAAAGAGAGACGGAGAGGGAGACCAGACCCGGCCCCACUCCCAGCCGCAGAGAGUCUCAGUCUCUUUGGAGCAGGUCCAGUCAUAGCCAGCGUGUCCCUGCUGCAGCCCCGACCCCAACUCUGACUCCAAUCCCAGCCACUCCAACUCCUACCCCAACUCCUGCUCCUGCUCCUGCUCCUGCUCCUGCUCCAGCUCCUGCACCAGCAUCAACUGGAGGUUUCAGUCGGAUGGCGUCGAUCAGCAGCCUCUUUCGCUCCCAUCGGCGUGGCACCAGCCAGGCCACCCCAGCUACCCCAGCCAAUAACUCACCAUCUGCAGGAGGAAACCCAUGGGGAAUUGAUGCUCUGCCUGAAACACCAACAGGAAUUAACCCCAGUCUCUUCCUGGACUUGCCCACACCUGACACCGUGAUGCACUCUCCUGCUUUCCCUGCAUUGAGAGAAAUCAACAUUGACAGCAUCCAGGCCCCAGAGCCGAGGACCAGAGAGGAGUUCCUACAGUACACUGUGAUGUUGACCCUUGACCCAAAUACGGCCCACCGGCGGCUGGUUCUCUCCGAGGGCCACACCAAAGCCACCCUGCAAGGGACAUCGCAGCCCUACCCCGACACUCCCCAGCGUUUCGACGGCUGGACCCAGGUGAUGUGCCCAACCCCGCUGUAUGGCGAGCGCUGUUACUGGGAGGUGGAGUGGAGAGGCCGGGGCUCCUCCAUUGGCGUGGCCUAUGGGGCGAUGAACAGGAAGGGCUCAGACGCCAGGUCGGGGCUCGGUUACAACGCCCAGUCCUGGACCCUGGAGCUGUCGGACACCUGCUGCUCAGCCAUGCACGAAAAUGAGAAGAGGGACAUACCGGUCACCUACUCGCCCCGCCUGGGCAUUUACCUGGACCUGUCCACAGGGACGCUAGCGUUCUACAGCGUGGCAGGGAGCAUGACACACCUCCACACAUUCCGCGCCAACUUCACCCAGCCUCUGUACGCUGCCUUCGGCGUGGGCAGUGGAGUCGGGGUCGGUCUGGACUUUGCCCUCGGCCAGUUCAGCUCCAGCUCUGACAGCAUCAAGAUCUGUCCCAUAUGAGGAUGCAGGAUGGAAGGCAGUGAUUGGCGGACAGGGGUGGACAGUAACUAAGUACAUUUACUGAAGUACACAUUUGAGGUAGUCUACUUGUACUUUACUUGGGUACUUUCUUUUUAUACCACUUCCUACUUCAACUCCACUACAAGUUAGUGGGAAAUAUUUACUUCACUUAAUUUAGCUGACAGAUUUAAUUACUAGUUACAGACAACACAUGAAGCUUUAAUGAUGUUAUGCUAUAAAUUAAACUGUGCAACAGUUUAAACAGAUAAAACGAUUGACAGAAAUAAAUCAGCAUUGUCAUUUUUUAUUUGAUGGUUCUAGUUUCACGAAUGUGAAAAUUUACAGCUUUACGGCUCCUCUUAAUUAUUUUAAUAAUUUAAAUGUAUUUAUUUAUUUAUUUAUUUUGAGGUCUGGGCGGUUGGUUGGACAAAAUAAGCAUGGGAACGGUGUCACUUUGGGCUCUGGGUAAUUGCGAUGGCAUUUCUCACUAUUUUCAGAAUUUUUACAAACCAACCAAUCAAUCGAUGAAUGGAGAAAAUUAUAAAUGAUUAAUCCAUGAUGAAAAUAAAAAUUAGAUACAGUCAAAAUAGCUAUCUAUAACAGUAAAAUUCUGUUUUUACAUGACUGUAUGAGUAAUAAUAACAAUAUAUAAUAUGUAUUAGUAUAAUUAUGGGCUGAAAUAUGUGUCACUUUUACUUUAAGUACUUUUUCCUAAAUAUACUUACAUACUUUUACUUAAAUAACAUUUUCAAUGCAUGACUUUUACUUGAGAAAAGGAUCUGAAUACUUUGUCCACCACUUUUUGGCAUUCAUGUCGAUAAAACAACUGACUUCAGAGUAUAACAGAGCAGCUUGGAAGUGGUCAUAAUGAUCAAACUCAUUCCAAACGGUCAGGACACAAAGACUGGAAGUCUGGUUUCACCUGAUCUUUUUUUCUUUCAGCUUGUAUACUGCCUUAGUGAAAGAAGUUUCUGUUCUCCACAAAAAGCUAAACUUGCACUGAGUCCGUGGCUCCAUGGAUGGACGGUCCACCACUUUGGUCCAGACUGAAAUAUCUCAAACCACUGGAUGGAUUCCUAUGAAAUUUUAUACUGACAUUUGUGGUCCCUAAAGGAUGAAUUGUAAUGACUUUGGUAAUCUGACCUUUCCUCUAGUGCUGCUGAGAGGUUGACGUUUGUGGUAAGGAGUGGAACAAAUUGACAAAUGAUAGAUGGACUGCUUUCAAAUUUGGUUUAGAUAUUCAUGUCUCCUCAGGAUAAAUUGUUAUAAUUCUGAUGAUCCUUUGACUUUUCAUUUUGUGCCAUCAGGUUAAAAUUUUUAAUUUGUCCAAUACUUUGGUUUGGGGAGGCAUUAGCUCAGUCUGUUAAGACUUGGCUUAGAAACCGGUGGGUCUCUGGAUCGAGUCCACCACGAACCAAUGCUGAAGGUGUCCUCUGAGCAAGGCCCUGAACCCCGAAACGCACCCUGGGAGCUGUACGAUGGCAGCCCACUGCUCCUAAAAAGGAUGGAUUAAAUGCAGAGAACUAUUUUCCCCUUCCCUUUUACAGAAUUGCCCCUCGGGAAUCAAAGUAUUUCUGAUUCUGACCUGCAAAACGAAAGACUGCUUUAUUAAGUGAUGAUUGUCAGUGAGCCAGUGGCUUUGUUUCCAUUGCUUUAUUAAAAAAAAAAAAAGAAGAGACAACUGAAUAAUAACCAUGAGUAGUACAGAUCAUGAAAAAAAAAA